GGUAGUGCUAAGUAUACAAGAAAAGACUGCUGUAGAGAGAUGUGGUGAGAAUGUUGAUAUUGUAUUGCCAGUUGUUUCUCUAACCUUACUACUAACUAGUCUCCGUUUGGAUUUUAUUUUUGUUUCUUCUGAUGGAGCUUAAGAUCACAAAAUAUCCAUGCUAGAUAUUUUCCUGCAUCAAUCAAUUCCAAGAAAUUAGAGAGCAGCUUGUAUGUGGAGUGAGUGAUGCUAACCUUUUAACAGUGGAGGCAAGCAUGUGUUGACUGGUUCGCAUGUGGAAACGCGUUCUUCGUACGUGCUGUAGGCCGAGCAACUUCAAGGUAACGUGGGGAGCAUCUUUUAAGACGACAACCUUGACUCUCUCUCUCUCUCUGCACACGAACAUUGAGAGAGAGGAAUGGGGUCUUCCAACCAUGCUUCAGCUUUGGUCGUCUGUGCUUUGGCCUUAGCCAUGGCCUGCACCGCCGUAGCACAGAACACCCAGCAAGACGUUGUGGGCGCCCACAACUCCGCCCGGGCCGCUGUCGGCGUCGGUCCUGUGUCAUGGGACGACGACAUCGCCUCCUACGCUCAGAAGUACGCCAACAAGCACAUCGCCGAUUGCCAGCUCGUGCACUCCGGCGGGCCUUACGGGGAGAACAUCUGCUGGGGCAGAGGCGGCGCCUUCACCCUGGCCGACGCCGUCAACCUCUGGAUCGAGGAGAAGCAGUACUACGACUACGAAAACAACUCCUGCGCCGACGGCCAGGUAUGCGGACACUACACGCAGGUCGUGUGGCAGAACACUACGGCCAUCGGCUGCGCUUGGACACUGUGCAAAGGCGGCGGGAGCAUAUUUGUCGUCUGCGACUAUAGCCCUGCGGGCAACCUUGUGGGUCAACGCCCUUAUGAGGAGAAGGCACAAGAAAACAACAUAUUGAGGUUUAGGGCUUUUUCCACUGCAGCAUAUUUGGUUGUCAAAAUUAGUCCCUAAUUCCUCUUCCUCAUGAUACUGCAUGCAUUCCCUUUUGGCAGCUUGAUCGUCUUGUUCGAGUCGACUAGUGUUCUUGGUGUGAGACAACUCUGACCUCGAAUCCUGUGAAGCAGAAGAGGCAGGUGUUGAUGUAGCAGAUUCUUGUUUGUUUCCGCUUGCUGUGUUUCUUGAAUAGCCAACUGCAUCUCCAUCUUCCACCAUG